AUGUUCUCCAAGAUUGCCGUGGCCCUGGCCACUGUUUCGCUCGUCUCGGCCCAAACCUGGACCGACUGCAACCCGCUCAAGACCACUUGCAAGCCCGACCCUGCUUUCGGCAAAAACGGCGCCAACUGUGACUUUACCGCCGGCGCCUGCGAUGGCUUCCACGCCAUGGACGGCAAGGCCGUGACCUACGACUCGCGCGGUGCCAUUGCCGCCAUGGACGCCCCCGGCCAGGCGCCUACGCUGCGCUCCGACAACUACCUCUUCUUCGGCCGCGUCGACGUCGAGAUGCAGGCCGCCGCCGGCAAGGGCAUCGUGACCUCGAUCGUCCUGCUGUCCGACGACCUCGACGAAGUGGACUUUGAGACGGUCGGCUUCGACAACAAGCAGAUCCAGUCCAACUACUUCUCCAAGGGCGACGACUCCGUCUUCAACCGCGGCGGCUUCCACGACGUCGACAACCCGCUCGGCGCCGUCCACAAGUACUCCUUUGAGUGGACCCCCGAGAAGAUUGACUGGAUCAUCAACGGCGCCGUCGUGCGCACCCUCUCCCGCGCCUCCGUCGGCGAUGCCUUCCCCCAGAGCCCCAUGCAGGUCAAGCUCGGCGCCUGGGUCGCCGGCUACGAGGGCAACCGCCCGGGCACCCUCGAGUGGGUGGGUGGCGUUGCCGACUUCUCCAACGGCGCUUCCACUGCCAUCUACAAGAGCAUCAAGGUUGUCGACUACGCCGGCGGCAGCAGCGCCACCGACAAGGAUGUCAAGGAGUACGUCUUUGGUGACAAGUCUGGCAGUGCCAAGAGCAUCAAGAUCAACCUCAAGGACGGUAGCAGCACUACUGCCAGCGACAGCGGUUCUUCUUCUUCCUCUUCCUCUUCUUCUGCCUCUUCCGCUUCCACCUCUGCUUCCAGCUCCAAGACUAGCUCUGCUACCUCGGAUGACUCGAGCACCUCGAGCACUACUUCGUCUGACUCUACCACCACCACCACCACCACCACUACCACCGAGACCUCGUCGACCAAGAACUCGACCAGCUCCGUGACUGCGGCCACCAGCUCCACCGCCAAUGGUACCAACGCGACCAGCACCCUGGCCACGUCGACUUCCUCGCGCACCUCUGCCAGCUCCACCUCGCCUGCCAACGGUACGCCCACCAGCGGUGCUUCCAGUGUCGGUGCCGUCUUUGGCGCUGCCGCUCUCCUCCUCGCUGCGAUUGCCAUCUAA